UUAAGGGGAAAUCACUCCUCUUACCAGUCCUUGUAGAGAAGAAAGUACGGACAGUAAACAAAUGUCUCAGCUGUGCAUGUCAAAGACCAGUUUUUGCGACAGAAGAAUCAAUGCUUAUCAGGAACAGAUCUGUCUCGCAAGGGCUCUGUUGACAGCCCGAUUUUUGAUAUCGUCGCUUUUAUCAACGAGCAGCCUGGCUUUUUCACAACCAGCUCUUGUUCUGGGCGCAUCAUCAUGUUUGAUAAUGCAGGUGCAGACAAUAUCAAAAAGAAAGGUUGCCACUGGUUGUAUGUAACACAUGACCAAGCAUGUUUUGAGGAGAUUAAACGCAGUUUACUUUCCUCACAAGGAGCAGCUGUAUUCAAAUUUGAGCCAAUGAUUAUGCAUAUACAAGUCCACACACUUUCUGAUGCACAAAAACUGCAUACAACAGCAGUAGCAUCUGGGUUUAGGAAUUCUGGAAUAAGCAUUGGUGGAAAAGGAAAAAUAAUUGUGGCUGUAAGGAGCACUCACUCUCUGGAAGUUCCUCUUUCUUUUGGUGGACAAGUGCUUGUCUCUGAUGAUUACAUCAAACACCUUGUUGAAUGUGGAAACAAGAAGAUGCAGGAAAACAUGUCAAGAAUUCAGAAAUUUUUCGAACAUUUGCAAGCAAUGGUUGAAAAAAUCAAAAGUGAAUUAUGUGAUGAACAGAAGAAAACCAGAAUUAAGCAGGAACCUCUGUCUAGGAGGAAUGGUGCAGGUAAUCUUCAACAGACUUCAGUUGUGCCAAGCAGGAGCUCAGAAUCAGAACUAUUAGCCAUGAAAUCAAAUGAUCUUGCCAGCUUAGAAGAUGACUUCAGUGAAUGGUUAUUUACAGAAACUUAGGAAAUAAAAUAUCAAAAAUAUU